AUGACGCAGCUCUGCCCUGACUGUGCGCGCUGCGUCAUCCGCCAGCACCGUCCAGUCACGUGGGGGCAGACCGCCUGUUGCUAUAGAGAUUUUACCAGUUCAGCUAUGAAGGAGCUGGCUGCUAUUGGCUGUGGCCCUGUGGGGGUCUUGGACCUGGUGGUCCCAGGGACUGUGCAGGAAGACCUUUAAAAUGCAGACUGCUGUGAACUUUCUCCCCCAGGGCUCCUCUCUGGCCUCCCCUGUCCAUGCAGCAGCAGUGACAGGAGACAAGGCGACAUUACUGCGCCUCAUAGGCUCCAAUUCAGGCCUGAUAGACCAGGAGGACCAGUUAGGGAGGACGCCGUUGAUGUACAGUGUGUUGGGGGACCGCAAAGCGUGCGCAGAGGCUCUGUUGCGGCACGGCGCCCAGGUCAAUCGUUGUGACAGGAGUGGCCGCACGGCGCUACAUUUAGCCGCCCAAGCCGGCAACCAUCGCCUGCUGAAACUUCUCCUGGCCCGUAAGGCAGACUGCACCCAUCGUGACCUGCGUGACAUCACCGCCCUGCAUCUCUCCACGCGUCACCAAGAUACUCGCUGCCUGGCUCUACUCCUCAAAAACACACCGCCGGGUCAGGUGGAUGCUCAGGAUCAGCGCAAGCAAACAGCACUUCAUUGGAGUGCAUAUUACAACAGGCCGCGCCAUGUCAGACUGUUGGUGCGGCAUGGGUCCAACAUUGGUAUCCCUGAUCAGGAAGGGAAAAUACCCCUACACUGGGCUGCAGGUCACAAAGAUCCAGAGGCAGCAUGGACAGUGCGUUGUUUGCUAGAAGCAGCUCCUACUGAAUCCCUCCUCAAUUGGCAGGAUUACGAAGGACGCACCCCGCUGCAUCUUGCUGUUGGUGAUGGUAACCAAGAAGUAGUGCGGCUUUUGAUGUCAUACCGCGGUUGCAAUGGGGCCCCAUAUGACAACCUGUUCCGUACUCCAUUACACUGGGCUGCACUGUUGGGUCACACUUCUAUUGCACAACAGCUUCUUCAAAGAAAUCAUUCCCCCAAUAUACUUUCAGAUAGUCAAGGAGCUACUCCACUGCAUUAUGCAGCCCAAGGAAAUUGCCCGGACACUGUACGAGUACUGCUGUCUCACUCGUCGGUGAGAGAUGAAGCCGAUUUGGAAGGAAGAACUGCAUUUAUGUGGGCAGCGGGAAAAGGCAGCGAUGAAGCAAUAAAAGCUAUGCUUGAGUUAGACUCCAACUUAGAAGUCAACAGAACUGAUAAAUAUGGUGGAACAGCACUCCAUGCAGCUUCUCUCUCAGGACAAAUAAGCACAGUACGGAUUCUUUUAGAAAAUGGUGCCCAAGUAGAUGCAUGUGACGUAAUGAAGCAUACACCAUUGUUUAGAGCUUGCGAGAUGGGGCACCGCGAAGUUAUUCGUACACUCAUUAAAGGAGGUGCUAAAGUGCAGUUGGUGGACAAAGAUGGACGUUCUCCUCUCCACUCAGCUGCAUUAGGGGGCAAUGCCAACGUCUGUCAGAUACUUAUAGAAAACAACAUUAAUCCUAAUGCACAAGAUUAUGAAGGCAGAACCCCCCUACACUGUUCAGCUUACGGAGGCUAUAUUGGUUGUAUGGAAGUACUAAUUGAGAACAAAGCAGAUCCUAAUAUCCAAGAUAAGAAUGGACGAACUGCUUUGCAUUGGUCCUGUAAUAAUGGUUACCUGGAUGCUGUAAAACUUCUUCUUAAAUAUGAUGCCUUUCCUAAUCAAAUGGAAAACACGGAAGAGAGAUACACACCAUUAGACUAUGCUCUGCUUGGUGGUCACCAGGAGGUUAUACAAUUCAUGCUGGAACAUGGUGCGUUGUCUAUUGCUGCUAUCCAGGAUAUUGCAGCCUCCAAAAUCCAAGCUGUAUACAAAGGUCACAAAGUACGGAGAGCCUUCCGUGAGAGGAAGAACCUAUUAAUGAAACAUGAGCAGUUGAGGAAAGGAGCUGCUGCAAAAAAGAGGGAGGGCGAAAACAAGAGGAAAACAAAAGUGUUGCUAAUGGGACAGGAGAAGAAAGAAGACAGUCAUAUAGAUGAAUACUUUUUCAGUGUAAAGCAAGAACAAUCCCAGGAUCAGUGGACAGAAAAAAGACAGAGUGAACAACUUACGCAGGUGUCAUAUGAACCGAAGGAAGGAGAAAGUGAGCAUCAGGCCCCAAACAGGACUGCUCAGCAGGUCCCUAGGAAAGAAACCUCACCAAGACACAAGGAACCUAAUAUGAGUCCAGAGGUAGCUAAUUUAAGAAGUAUUGCCCAAAUUUCAGCAUCUGCAAGUGAACAUUCUGAGAAGCAAUACAAUGAAAAUGGCCCUAACCAAAGUCCAAAUGAAAAUAAGAAGAUUUCUAGACAUACAAAAGAAAUCUUAGAUGUGAUGCAAGGUUCAGGGGAUUAUGAACUUAAUGAGACUGUUAAGAGAUCUCACCGAGUCAAGAAGGGAACUUCAAGUGCUUUUAGUCCAAAGAGAGAGUGCAACCAUCAAGAUACUGAAAAUCAUGAACUUGACAUCCAAGAAUGUAAUGCUUCAGAUACUUCCAUUUAUGAAGGCAAAGCAAAUAUUCAAAAGGUAACAAAAAAUACCAAAGGUCACAGUAAUAAAAGAGGAACUGAAGACCUCAUCCAAAAAUUGGAAAUCUGCAGCCUUUUGGACGUUGAACAUAGGCAUUCAUCUAGGAGACUGAAACACGGGUCUGACAGUGUGAUUGAUAGAAUGUUGGACCAUAACAAUUAUCUGAAGGGUAGGGAGACAGUGGAUAGUCAAAGCGGCCAACCUAGGAAACCAAGAUCUUCCCAAAACAAACAGCGUCCUGUAACUGGGAAACCUGGCCAAAACAAGGAACGAAAGACAACGAGAAAAGCUCAUUGGUGCGCAUCUGCUGUGAGGUGCUCAGUACCCAAUCAGAACAAACAUGCUACUGCAUGUAAAAAAUAUGAAGGGAAUUCAUCAUCUUAUGAUGCAGGUUUCAAAAGAGCCCAAAUUAUUCCAUUAUCUAGAGAGAAUACGCUUGGAGAAAACUGUACGAUCAACUGGCAACAUUUAGACAUAGAAUUCAUUCCCUUACAGGCACGAUUACUCCUGGUGGAGAGAGAAAAGGCCAGAAAACAGUUAUUCCAUCUCAAAUACCAUGCCGCAACAGUAAUUCAGAGGGCCUGGAGAGCACACAGGAACCGAAGAAAAUGUAACACAAUACGGAAAUCACGGUCUAAUUUACAUUGA